AUGGCGCAGCGGGCGCCCGCGGAGCCCGCGGAGGCGCCGCAGCCUGGGGACCGGCGCGUGCGGCCGCGCACCGCCGCAGCGGCCGAGGCGCUCGCCGAGCCCACGGCCCGCAGCCCGAAGGCGACGGCGCCCGCGGCGGCGCCGGGGCCGGGCGCGCCAGAGGCGUCCACAUCCGCGGCCGCGGGGGAGCGGGCCACAGAGGGCCACCUCGCGCAUCCGGUGCUGCGGCUGAGGGAGGCCCGCGGCGAGGGCGUCGGCGAGGUCUUCUUCGAGUUCCGCAACACCCCCGCGAGCGAGGUGCGCAGGGUGGACACUGAGGAUCGAGGACCUCCGGGCCCUGCUCGCGGAGCAGGCCGCGCGCGCGGCGAGGACGGCCGAGCACUGGGUGCGGCAGCCGCGCGCCCGCUGGAUCACCCAGAUGGUCGAGGAGCUGCCGCCGUCCACCGCUCGCGCCUCUCCGCGCGCCACGCCCGCCUGCGGACGAUGGCCACGGUGCCGAGGGAGGAUGUCGCGGGGCGGUGGAUGGAGACGAUGGAGUUUGCGAGCUACGUGCUGCACCUCUGGUUCGAGGGGCGGUCGCUUGAAGACGUGCUGGCGCGGGCGGAGGAGCUGGGGCACACUGGCCCCGACGGGCUCCCGGGCUGCAUCCUGCACGGCUCCUUCGCUCGCGAGAUCUCCACCUCCAGAGACGUGGACUGCCGGAAGAGCAAGAAGCGGCACGACCAUGCACGUUCGGGGGUCCGCGCGUGUCUUUCCAGUGGCAAACCGCAGGAGCCUUGUAUAUACCCUCGUUGCUAG